GGGGAAACUGCAAUACUGUCCUCGUGGCAAAUGUCUGCGGGGAAGCUGUGCACGUGGAACACACUUUGUCUUCUCUUCGGUUUGCUACCAGAAUGAAAUGGAUCACCACAGAGCCAGUCCUCAAUGAGAAAUAUGACCAAGAGGGGACAGUGAAGGCUUUGGAGAAGGAGAUUGCUCUUCUGAAGCAGGAACUGGCCAUACAUGACAGCUUGGCAAAUCGUUCUUUGGUGACUUAUGACCCUCUGUCUGACAUCCAGAUAGAAGAGAUUAAGUCUCAAGUCCAGAGAUACCUAAAAGGAGCCAUUGAUGAAAUUGAUAUAGUGAACCUCAGGCAAAUCCAGGAGGUAUUCAAGCAGUUCAAACUGAUUUUAAGUCAACAGGAGAGUGAAGUGGAGGCCAGAUUACGAAGCAAGUAUGCUCUGAUAGACAAAAAUGACUUUGUUGCUGUUGCUGCUCUUCAUAAGGCAGGUGUGGUUGAUGUGGAUGGCCAUUUGGUGCAGGAAGAGGAUGAGCAGGCUUCUGACAUUAGAGCUACUCCUUCAUCCAGACGUGGUAGGAAGAAGAAAUCCAGGAGGAAUAGUGAGGUGUCCAGGAAAGAAGGAACGAAGAGCAAUCUUUCUUGGAAAGAUGUGGAUGGGGAUUUACCAUCAAAAAGUCAGGUAACGUUUUCCACCAGGGAUCUGGAUGUGAAAGAAGUGCCAAGGGACCAGGAUACAGCAAAUAUUGAUGCAGAUCUCUCAAAGCCAUCUCCUGUGGAGGAUUCCCAGCAGCCCAACUCCCCUCCACCCAAGCCAGCAGCAUUUGAGAUGUUUAAGGAGGAGUAUGGAAGUGAGAUCAGCCGGAUCUUUAAAGAGAACAAAAGCAUCCUAUAUGACAGGAAGAAGAGGAGAAGUACUGUAGCACAGAGGAUCAACUCCAUCAAGCUUGAGAUGGAGAGCAUCAAAAAGGCUCUGGAGGCUCAGCAGCAGGAGCGGUGGCAGCAGGGAGAGUAUGUUGAUGAGAAAGGACACAUCAUAAUUGAUGAGAAGGAGUUUUUACUCAUUGUGAAGCUGAAAGAGCUGAAGGAAGAGUAUAGGUCUAGUUACGCUGAACUGCAGGACCUGAAGGCAGAAAUCGAGUACUGCCAGGAUCUGGUGAACAAAUGCCGGAAUAAACUCAUCUCAGAGUUCGAGAUCUGGUACAACGAGUCCUUCCUUAUCCCCAAGGAUGUGCAGGAAGCUCUGAAUCCCGGUGGCAACAUCAGACCUGGAAUGAUUCCCAUAAACAGAGUCAUGUGCCUGGAGGAAGACGUGCAGGAGAGGUUCGAGCAGAUGCAGGAGACAAUGCUGCCGGCCUGCCCAGCUUCAGUCCCCUUCUACAGGGCAAAAAUGAGGACUGAUCAAAAGCACGCAUACAGCAAAACCAUGUCAUCCCUAGAGCAAAUGAACAAGAAACCAGGGCUCAUCCCAGCUGCUGGGAAGAAUAAACCCAUGUCGUUUCUGCACGUCACAUAG